AUGGCGGCCGUGGACAACAGCAAUACCAGCCUACCCGUCAUCAAGUUGACCAACAGCCACAACCAAGAAUCCGAGCCAGCUCGACCCUUUUCACCCACGCGCGAUGCGCCGGCGUCGCCUCUCGAUGCGACUUUGAAGGAGGAGCGAGGGCGGCCGCAGACACCGACGCGAGCGAAGCAGUCCAAGGAUCGCCCGAGUUCAGAUGGCGCGCGAGCUUCGCCGGCACGGUUGAUGAAGGGGAGAGGGUCUAGUAAUGCUAGUCCUGCCAGUCAGACGCGACGCGAAUCGACCAAUGGCCAGUAUGAGGGUUCGCAGGGCCAGCCGCAUACUGGAUUUGAUCCGUUGACUCAGCAUAUCCUCGCGCGGACCACCACGCCAAACACUUCGCAGAACGGCGGUAGAUCGAGCUUUUCGGAGCACACGAGCAACCGGCGGGAUCGAGGAAGCUUGGAUCAAGGCACGAUACCAGCAGAUAUGGGACGGGUGCAACGAGUGGAGUCCAACGACAGCGUCGCUGCCGCGCACAAAGAUCUGCGCAAGGGAGUGAAGGCGGUGGCAUUCAUCAGCAAACUGAUUGGCAGCAAGAAGAAGGAUGGCGACGGUGUGGCUGACGACGAAUCGACAUCGAACGACGGCCGAGUGGAGGGCAACAACGCGGAAGUCUUUGCGCAGCCGACAGACAACGUCGGCUUCAGCCCUCAGUAUGCGCAGCCUCCGCCAUAUAUCAAGAUGUCGUCGAGGUACAAGAAGGAGAGGGAGUUUGAUCGAGUGUUUCUCGCGCAAGAGCUGAAUGUCAGGAAAGACGCGAAGAAGCUGCGACAGAACAGUGCCAGCAAGCUACGACGCAAGUCCUCGGCACCCGCAGAUGGACACACCGUGUGGGCGAUGGAGUUCAGCAAAGACGGGAAAUACCUCGCGGCUGCAGGUGCCGAUAGCGUGGUGCGCGUGUGGCAAGUCAUUGCAACUUCGGCAGAUCGGCAGAAGCACGAGCAGCAGGAGAGCGAGGCGAACGGCGGCGAGCCUCAUUCCCACCAUUUGAGCGCGCCCGUCUUCAUCGGCCGCCCGGUCCGGGAAUACGAAGGGCACACCUCGACGGUGCUGGAUCUAAGCUGGAGCAAGAACAACUUCCUUCUAUCCUCGUCCAUGGACAAGACGGUCCGCCUGUGGCACGUCACCCGGCCGCAGUGCUUAUGCACGUUCAAGCACAACGAUUUCGUACCCUCGAUUGCCUUUCAUCCCAAGGACGACCGCUUCUUUCUUGCCGGGUCGCUGGAUGCUAAACUUCGGUUAUGGAGCAUCCCCGAGAAGGGCGUGGCGUACGCGGCGCAAAUGCAGGACAUGAUCACCGCCGUCGCUUUCACCCCUGACGGCAAAUAUGCCAUUGCAGGCUGUUUGGGAGGCGCAUGUCUCUUCUACGAAGCGGACGGGAUGAAAUACCACAGCCAAGUGCAAGUUCGCUCGAGUGGGCAGAAUGGCAAGAGCAGCAAAAUCACCGGCAUCCAACCGCAUCAUGACAGUCGAGGCGAUAUCAAGCUGCUGAUCACGAGUAACGACUCGCGUGUCCGCCUUUACAAUCUCCGCGACAAGAACUUGGAGGGCAAGUUCCGAGGGAAUGAGAACAAGUACAGCCAGAUUCGCGCGGCACUCACAGACGACUGCAAGUACGUGGUGUGUGGGAGUGAAGAUCGCAAAGCAUAUAUUUGGUCCAUGGGGCCAGUUGAGGAGGACAAGCCGGACAAGAGGCCGAUGGAGCUGUUCGAGGCGCACGACUCCAUCACCACCGUCGUAUGUUUCGCUCCCACCAAGACGCGGGUCCUGCUGGGGGACUCUGAGGAUCCGGUAUACGACCUGUGCAAUCCUCCACCGGUGGCAAUGCUGAGUCGGGAAGACCGGGUGAACAGCGCCACGGGGAGCCAGGGCUCAUCUGCACCGGCAUCCGCGCCUGGUAGCAUCCACGCGACGCCAUCGGAGGCGGAAGGCAAGUUCAAGAAGCCGAAGGAGCCCGCGUCGUACGUCCAACGCGCCACUCACACGGCGGGCAACAUCAUCGUCACGGCCGACUACACCGGCAGCAUCAAAGUCUUCCGACAAGACUGCGCCUGGUCGAAGCGGAAGACAGACGACGACCGGGCGUCGAUAUUCAGCAAGCGAACCGGCCGGCUCAGCAGGCAGGGCUCGGUCAUGACGAAAGGCAGCCAACCGAGCCUACGAGAGGGAAGGAUGUCUGCGUCAUCUGCAGCACACACCGACAGCAUCCUCCACUGGCGACAGGGCAUUGCCAGCAUGCCGAAUGUCGCCGAUGCUCGGCGUACAGCAUCGCCCAAAGCCACGCCGCGCAGUAUCUCACCUACCAGAUCCGAAGACCAGCCGCUCAGUCAGAGUCCGGCGGCCUCUGCCGACUGGAACGGUCACGCAGCCAACAAAAACGCGCACACCUCCGACGCAGCAAUGGCUGCCACGGCAACGAAAGACAAGACGGCGUCCCCCAAAGCGCGCUCGCCAGCCGACAACCCCCUCGACAUCAAACACGACGAGAGCAACCCGCUCCUCAUCAAAGACGGCCGCUCCUACCUCUUCUGGAACACCGACGCGUGGCGAGCACAGGCUGAGCAUCAGCGGAAAAUCCGCGAGGAGGCGGAGGCGGCGGCGGCGGAGGAGACGUUGCAGCCCAUUGCGGAGCAUGAGAAUCAUCUUUCUGUGCUGGCGCGGCCGGGGAUUGCGCGGGGCCAGACGGCCGUGAGUGUGUUGUCGGAUGAGAGGAGUAGUGCUUCGGAGCACGAAGGGGAGGAAGGGAAGGAUGGGGAGAAGAAAGGGGCCGAAACCCCAGCCAAGGUGGUGACCGUAUAG